AAGGUUCAGAGCUCUGUCUAGUGGGUCUAGAUGACCCGACUCCCAAAGUUAAAGUUCCUAGGAUAGCACAAGGGGUUUUAAACAAGUAUCAAACUCAAUUUUCCAACAGUUAAUUCCAGACACAUUUAUAAGAUCAUGGAAACUAAAAGUAUAAAAGUGCGCCAAGAUGAAUUCACUUCAUGCUGUAAUUGCAGUUUCCCAAGAGAAAAGGCUUGAAACCAGGUGAAUAAUUAAUACCAAGGGAGAGCACGGAUGACUGACUGGAAGGAUGAAAAGUGCUGAAACUGUUGGGUCACCUUGAAUGACCUCAGAUUUUAUUAAAACAUUGGUUACAUUUCCCUGAUCGUCCUCUAAAUGUUAACUUUUGUGAUUAUUUCAUCACGCCUGUUGAUGCAACAAUGCACCAAACACUUCCGCUCCAAAGUUUCUUUAAUUAAGCAUCGACUAUAGUAAAGCAAAAUCAUAAUUGACAUUCUUAUCCUAGCUGGAAAUAAAUUCAGGUGUCCAGAGAUAAAAUCAAACUUGAUGAAGAGGAAGCAUUUUGCGUGGCGCAGAUGAGUGACGCAUGGCGGUAGCAUGGAAAGUGCCAACAGAUUGGGUUAAAUGGACUGUGAGCGGGCUCAGCAAAGGCUUGUUUUCCCUGAUCAGCCGAUAUAAAACAGCAGGACAACAGGCUUGUGUCACACACAUGCUCCUCACAAAAAGCCACGGUUCUGAGCAGAAGAUGAAGCCAUGUCGAAAGUCCUCACUUUAGACGCUAUUUUGUUUGGGCUACUGGUGUUCUCUGGCCUUCUGGGAAACACGUUGGUGAUAUAUGCGGUGUUUCAGUCAGCGUUUGAAACUCCACCUGGGAGACUGUCGCCCUCCGAUACAAUCCUGGUUCAUUUGUCUCUGGCCAACCUGCUGACCUCACUGUUCCGCACGGUGCCGAUCUUUGUGUCGGACCUGGGCUUGGAUGUGUCUCUGUCUCCUGGUUGGUGCAGAGUCUUCAUGCUGCUGUGGAUGUGGUGGCGAGCUGUGGGUUGCUGGGUGACUCUCACGCUAAGCAUCUUCCACUGCACCACUCUGAAGCGACAUCACGUCUCACUGGGUCCUCUUGUAUUACAGAAGGAGAAGCGUCGAGUGUGGAUUAUUCUGGGACUGGUUUGGGGAGCUAACUUGGCCUUCUCCAUCCCUGCUCUGGUUUAUUCCACUCAUGUUUACAGCAACGCCACCGUGGAUCUGAUGGUGAUCAGCUCCACUACCAGACCUCUGCUUGGCUGUAUAUGGGAGUUCCCCACCACCCAACAAGGCUCAGCCUUUGCAUUCACUUCUCUUGCUCUUAAUGAAGUCUUUCCACUGGUUUUGAUGAUUUGCACCAACGUGUCCACGCUCCACGCUUUGGCCAAGCACAUCCGAGCUGUGACCUCCUCCAUGGAGUCAGGAGGAAGCCACGGGGAGGUCAACAAACUCGUCUCCACUGAACGUAAAGCAGCCCACGUAAUCAUGUUGCUGGUUGCUCUCUUCGUGGUCUGCUGGGUCCUGCAGGUUGCCGCCGUGACGUACUACAACCACAACAGGGGGCUGCAUGCAGAAGGAUUACUGACGGUGGCCCACUUCUCUGCCUCCACGUUUGUGGGGUUCAGUCCCAUGGUGGUGGCCCUGGGACAUGGCAAGCUGAGAAAGAAGAUCAUGGGCAUGAUUCUGGUGUGGACUAAAGCUUUUCACUGUUCCAGCAAAGACACAGGAAGGAAGAGACCGUCGCCAAAGAAGAAGAAACUAAAAGUCUUUGAUGUUCAAGAAGAGAUGAGGGUCAUAAACAUCAGGGAGUGUAAAGCCUUAAAUGAUAGAAGAGAAUGAGGAUGGAUUGAUAUGUUGGAAUAUAUUUACUCAAUGACAGACUACAAAUGGAAUAGAAAAAAGGCUUUUUGGUUAAUUUGAUGUCUUUAUUUUUGUUGCUUUUGUAGGGCAAACAGAUUCCUGUUUGAACGACAUUCUGGAGGGUCACAGAUUCAGCAUCAGGGCUUUCUCUGACAUGACAGACUUUAUUUCCUGAUUUAAAUAAACAGUAAAUGUUUGCUUAUUGGAGGAGGCUGUUUUCCAGAUCAUCCUCCAUCAAUAGCUGCAUUUAAAUGGGCAAAAGUAAUGGGAAAGAACGCCUGAUCGGAAGAAAAAUGCGUCAUGUAAACACGCCGUUCAGAAUACUCUGCCCCGAUCAGACUCAUUUGGAUCAAAAUUUACUUCCGAUGGAGAUAGAUGGGUAAUGCAGAUUGUUGAUCCGAUCGUUGUUCAUGUAAACGGUUCAUUCUGAUCAUGUGUCAGUACUGCUCUGG